GUGAUGUCAUGCGCCAGCGCCAGCGCCAGCGGCACCUGGGCAGACGCUUACUCCUAAAUUCUUUGUAGCCGCUUUUGGUCCGCCGUGUUUCCGACUACAACCUGCUACGUGGGAUUGAUUGACCGGAAUGGCAAUCGCAGUAACGAACAAUGCCCUUGACCCCAUUCCCCUCCCUUGUUCUCUCGUCGCCCCGGCCUGGCCCUCACUCAAGAAGCCGCCUACCUCCUUACGUGGCCAUCCAUGUAACUGCUACACGUAGGCCCCCGACGAUCCGGGAGGGAGAAGGGAAAAAAGGUCCCCAGGUCCAAACAUCCCCGCUGACCGUGCGUCUAUGUUCUAGUCGGGUUGGCUCCAUGCCGGCGAGUUCACGGUCUGGCUGGGCCUGUGGCUCUUUUGUCGGCCAGGCUAACCGCGAGCGUGAGGUGAGUAAGGGUGAGUAAGGGUGAAUAAGGGCGAGGCGUGACAUCGAGUGAAAGAAUCGUCCCAAAAGGUGCCAUGCCAAGCACCGCCCUUUGUUGCGCUGCGCUACCGCAACGGCACUCUGGUUCAAUCUAUCUCUCCCUCGCUCCCUAGAUCCAGAUGCGGGUGGGGGUUGGUUAGCACGCAAAUUAGCAAGGAG